AUGCGCUCAUUGGCUGCCGUCCUCCACCGAGGCAGCUGGCGCCGGAACAUCACCAUCGCCGCUCUCAUAGCCGUUGCCGUGACGUGCUACAAGUACGCCUGGGUCAACAUCGAGCUUCCUAAUUACUCGCUUCUGGGGGUGCCAUGGAACCCGGAUCGCCCGACAUUCCCGACGUUCCCCGCUGAGCCGCUUGCGAAUGCUUGCGAUGGCGUCGAAUCGCCUGCCGCCGGCAACGAUACGAAGGCAGCUGACGCCGCCAUUCCUAACAUUGUGCAUUACGUCUGGCUGCUCAGAAACCCAUCUGUCCUCUCGUUAGACUUCAGGGUCUUCGUCAGUGUAUACUCGUCACAUCUUUUCCUCCACCCCGACCGCAUCUACUUCCACACCGACGCAGCACCGGAGGUGUGGGAGCGCGCAAAAGCCUCUGGCGAUACCUGGACCAAGCGCGUGCUUAACAUCCCCGGCGUGACGCCCAAUUUUGUCGAGACCCCACGAGUGACCUCUAAAGGCGUCGAAAUCGACAACCUUCCCUCCAAAGCGGACUUUAUACGGGCUGACGCGCUGAGGACUUUUGGCGGGGCGUACUUCGAUACAGAUGUGGUGCCCUUGCGCGAUCUCGCGCCCCUACGCCACGCUGGGUUUGCGAAUGUCGUUGGAGCGGCCUAUGCCAUCCUUCCCAAAUACACCGGAUACGUGAACAACGGGGUUUGGCUAUCGCAACCGCACUCGAGUCUCGCCGAAAUAGUUUACAAGGCCAUGGACGCUUUCUACAAUGGAAAAUGGGCCAUCGGCGUGGAUAUCCUGACCGACCUGGCCUAUCGGCUGGACGCAGUGCCAGGUGAGGUGCUCAUCAUGAACCCCCGCGCGUUUGCGCCUGUUUCGUGGGAGCUGGCGGACCAGAAGAAGCUGUUCCAACCUCACCUCGGUACGCCGAGCGCGGCUGCGUCCGGCGGCGUGCUGGACGAUGUGGCGGGCAAGCCAAAGGAGCUGAGGAGGAACACAUGUACGGACGCGCUGGCGUGGCUGCGCGAGCGCGAGCUGGCCGGCCGCAUGGAGAGCUGGGAGAUAGAUUUUUCCGCCACAUACGUGCUGCAUGCCUUCGACGGCGACAUUGGCCAGAUUCGGGGCUGGGACCACCAGAUCACUUUGAAGUACGUCCUGGCGAGGCAGAGCAACUAUGCCCGGGCCGUGUAUCCGGCUGUUUGGCAUGCGGUCAAAACUGGCAUCAUUCCGAAGGAGGAGACGCUCUGA